AUGUCCAGUACCGGUAAGUUUGUGGAUGCCAACCAUGCGUCGAUGCGCAUCGAUAGGGAAUGUCUGCACGAUGCUACAUUUAACGAAAGCGCCGAGGAACAGUUGGAAAAACUGACUCCAGGAGGAUUUCUGCACUACGACUACAGGACGCCGAUGGCGAAGGAAAAACGUCUUCCCGAUCAGUUUCACGUUGUCCAGUGGAAUAUCGAGCGAGGCAUUCAAUGGGAUCGUGUUAAGGACACAUUCCGUGCCCUGAAAGCAGAUAUACUUAUCCUGCAGGAACUGGAUAUCAACUGCCGACGGUCCGGUUAUCGCAAUGUGGCCAAAGAACUGGCAAAGGCCCUAGAAAUGGAGGUUUAUUUUCUCUGCGAGUUUGAGGAGUUGGACUCGACACUUCGCUCCCCGAAAAACGCUGUUGGACCGCUUUCCCAACCGACAUUGCAUUUGGAUAGCAGAAGCGGGAAUUCUGGUGCCGGUGGGAUUUCGGGGCAGCGAAGGGGUCAACGCCAUUUUCAUGGGAAUGCUAUACUUUCCUCUGUCGCCACUCUAAGUAAUGUUACCGCUAUUCCGCAUUAUGUUGGGCUGGACUGGGAGAAGCAUGGUGUUAAGUUGCGGGAGCCACGCUGCGGAUUUCGUUAUUUUAUGCGGUGCUGUAUCAAAAGUUGUGAGCGCGAGAACGUCUCUAUGCCAGACUUAUACUUGUACUCCUGCCAUUUUGAAAUUUUUUGUGGGGUGCUUGGGCGAGCGCGGCAGUUAGUGGACGUGUUGCGUGAUGCUAACGCUUUGCUAAAGGAGAGCGAAGGAAUGGAUCAACAACCCGCGUUCGUUCUUGGUGGCGAUCUCAACACUGUCGUUUACGGCGUUGUGCGGUUGUCUAAAACUGUUGCGAACGAUCGAAUGCGGUUUCUCAGCAUCGGCGAGAAGGAAUCAUGUUGGUUGCAGCGGAAAAUACUUUCGCGGGGUAUGCAGUGGGUUGAUAGCGCCGAACCCGCUUCACAGCUAUCCAAUAUUGUUUCUACCUUACGGAGGUUAUAUAAUCGUGUCAUUAACAGCGAUACCAUGUACCGACUUCUGUAUGGUUUUUCCCCCGAGGAACUGGAGGCGAUGGACAAUAAGAGCCUCUGCUUCUACGAUCCAAGUGAUAAGGUGCGCUCCGUCACCUUGGAUAACCCUGAUUUUUACGGUUUCGUGAAAGGGAAAUUAGACUGGACAUUGCUCAGCAAUGUUCGGGUGCUGCCGCCGGAGCUCCCAGAAGAUAUUGUUCACCGUCUUCAGGAAAGUGGAAGUAUCACCUCGUCAUCCGCGGAAUCUCUUCGAAGCGGGCAACCCGUACCCGAUGGAUAUGUUCUGUUUAAUGAGGACUUCAGUGCUUCAGAUCAUAAGGGCCUAUUGAUACAUUUGAUGCAAAAUCCUGGAAAAUCAACCGAAACGUAUCCUGGAGACACUACCUUUCGUAUAACGCCAGUUUCUAAUGUGAUGUUUCUCUCAUUCUUGUGGAUCACUUUGUGGCUGGUUGUUGCAGUAUUUGCGCGGUCCAUCAUCAACAGAAAUCUUUAA